AUGGCACAAUACUCUCAUAUAAUACUGCUAGUCUUGAAUUCUGUACUAAGAUUCUCGCACUCGCAGGAUUAUCCAUUUCGUAAUGUAUCAUUAGACUGGUCGGUGAGGGUUGAUGAUCUUAUCUCCCGUCUAACACCUGAUGAAAUCAUCGAUCAAUUAGCCUAUGGUGGAGGUUGGGAUGAAGGAGUCACCCCGUCUAUUGUACGAUUAAAUAUCAAACCGUACUCUUGGGCAACAGAAUGUCUUCGAGGUGAACUUAAUGAAAAUUCCACAGGAUUUUUACAAGCCAUUAAUCUUGCAGCAACAUGGAAUAAAAAUUUAUUAUACGCAGUAGGAAACGCAACAGCUUACGAAGUUCAUGGUCAUUUUAACGCUUAUCAAAAGCAGGGAAAAUAUGGUGUUCAUCGAGGUUUGUCUUGUUUUUCACCGGUUAUUAAUAUUAUGAGACAUCCGUUAUGGGGUAGAAACCAGGAAACAUAUGGGGAAGAUCCAUAUAUGUCGGGGGUUUACGCUUCAAACUACGUUCGUGGUUUACAAGGAAAUCAUCAACGUUAUUUAAACACAAAUGGCGGUUGUAAACACUAUGAUGUUCAUAAUGGACCAGAAAAUUAUCCUGUAUCUCGAUUCUCAUUUGAUGCUGUUGUUUCAGAAUACGACUGGCGAUCAACAUUUCUUCCACAAUUUAAAGCUUGUGUUGAUGCUGGUGUGUACAGUGUGAUGUGUUCUUAUAAUUCAAUAAAUGGACUUCCUGCGUGUGCCAAUGAAAAACUAUUGAAAACUAUCUUGCGUGAUAAAAUGAAUUUUGUUGGUUAUGUAGUCUCGGAUGCUAAUGCAAUUGUUAAUAUUGUCUAUGAACACAAUUAUACACAGACUGUGGCAGAUGCUGCUUUAUUAGCUUUAAAUAACGGUGUAAAUCUAGAGUUGGCUAUUUCACUUGGUGAUACCGCUUUUUUGACAUUGCAUGACUCGUAUAAACUAGGAAAAAUUGAAAAUAAAACGUUGACGGAUCGAGUUCGACCAUUAAUUUACACAAGAAUGCGUUUAGGAGAGUUUGAUCCAAUUGAAAUGAAUCCGUAUAAUCAAAUAUCAGUGGAUAUCAUACAAAGUGACGAACAUCGGAAUCUUGCGCUAACAGCAGCUAUACAAUCAUUUGUAUUACUUAAAAAUGAUCAAAACGUUCUACCAAUUACUAAUGUAGAUAAAUUUAAACAAGUUCUUUUUCUUGGUCCAAUGAGCAAUAAUCCAAUACAACAAUUUGGUGAUUAUUCACCUAUUCUCGAUAUAUUUUAUACAACAACACCAUUGAGCGGUUUACAAGAUUUAUUUUGCAAUGUGGCUUGGGAGAACGCAUGUGUGGAUGGCAAUGUAUGUUUGAAUUACAAUCAAAACAAGACAAUUGACCUAUUAAGCAAAGGUGAAUAUGAUUUAAUAUUUCUGUCGUUGGGAACUGGCCAAAUAAUCGAAAGUGAAGGUAGUGAUAGACAAACAAUGAAUUUACCAAAUUAUCAACAACAAUUAUUAGAUGAUACGAUUACAUAUACAAGUGCUUCUCGUACAACAAUAAUAUUACUAUUAUUUUCUGCAACGCCAUUACAAAUUCAAUCAGCUCAACAAUCUAAAAAUAUUCCAUGUAUAAUACAAUUAGGUUUUCCUGCUCAAGAAACUGGUCUUGCAUUAAGAACAGCACUUUUUAUCCAUGAUAACAAGGUUUCAUCAAAAUUUGGUCGUUUACCCUACACAUGGCCAGUUAAAAUCGACGAUGUGCCCAGUAUAACAAAUUAUAAUAUGCAUGGAUUCACCUAUCGAUAUUAUAGUAAUACUACACAGCCGUUGUAUAACUUCGGUCACGGUUUAUCUUAUUCAAUAUUUUCCUAUCAUGAUUUAACAACAAAUUUAACCGAUUCAACGAAAGUCAAAGCAGGCGACAGUGUCGAGAUCUAUUUUCGUGUGUUGAAUAAUGGACCAUAUCGAUCUGAUGAAAUUGUGCAAGUGUAUGUAAGCAUAUUUCCACAGAAUACAAGUUUAAUUACAUCCAAAUUUCAAUUAGUUAGUUUUGAACGACUUACUGAUGUAUCACCGAAUGUUCAUGUACUUAUGUCAACAAUAAUAACAAAAGAACAAAUGGCUGUUUAUAUUGACAACAAAGGUUUUAUGAUUAUUCCAUGUUCAAUAAAAAUCUACGUUGGAAGUCAUUUACCAUCCCAGAGUAAUACGAACAAUGAAGAUCUCCUUACAGCCCAAAUCACUAUUGAUGACAACGAGUAUUUUGUUGGAGAAUACAUUUCGUACGCAACCAACAUCUCACCACUAUAA